CGUUGCGAUUAGUUGCGAUUAAUUUCUCGCUCACUCUAGCAAGCCGACAUGCAUGAUUAUAACGUUUUUUAUUUUCUGAUGUAGUAAAAUGUGUGACACUGCUAGGCCACCAAAUUAUAAAUGAAAUCUAUAUUUGCUUAUGUCUGCAAAGUUUCCUUUCGGUGUGGAAUUUAUGUUUGGAUUCUGCCCGUAGCUUUACCAUUUUUGUUUAUGAUUUUCUUAGGGUGUAUGUAUUCAUCCUCGUACUACUCAUCAGUUGAUUAGAUAUAUGGACGCGUGCAUCGCGCGCAAUUAAACUACUAUGCAGCAACGACGUCGUCACAGCUCAAGAAGAAUUACCGCGCGCGGAGGAUCAACAAGAACGCCAGCCACGGAAACAGAAGAGGAGCUAGCCAUGGCGUCCUCCUCCCGCUCCCACCAAGAAGCGGAGGACGGGGAGCUCGAUGGCGACCGCAUCACCUCCCCACUCCUGCCGUCGUCGACGUCCCGCAGCUCGCCGGAGCGGGACGAGGAGGAGGAGGGGGAGAACUCGCCGAUCGAGCAGGUGGCGCUGACGGUGCCGGUGGGCGACGACCCGGACACGCCGGUGCUGACGUUCCGGAUGUGGGUCCUCGGCGUCCUCUCCUGCGCCGUGCUCUCCUUCCUCAACCAGUUCUUCUGGUACCGCAAGGAGCCGCUCACCGUCACGGCCAUCUCCGCCCAGGUCGCCGUCGUGCCGCUCGGACGGCUCAUGGCGGCCGCGCUGCCGGAGCGCGCCUUCUUCCGCGGCAGGCCGUAUGAGUUCACCCUCAACCCGGGCCCCUUCAACGUGAAGGAGCACGUGCUGAUCACAAUCUUCGCCAACGCCGGCGCCGGCACCGUCUACGCCAUCCACGUCGUCACCGCCGUCCGCGUCUUCUACGGCAAGAAUCUAUCCUUCUUCGUCUCCCUCCUCGUGGUGCUCACCACCCAGGUGCUCGGGUUCGGGUGGGCGGGCAUAUUCCGGCGGUACCUCGUGGAGCCGGCGAGCAUGUGGUGGCCCUCCAACCUCGUGCAGGUCUCCCUCUUCAG